GGGCAUCGGAUUCACAUUCUGAACGACAGUUACGUUGAUGCUUCCUCUUCUUCUUCUUCUUCUUCUUCCUCCUCCUUUUGCUGUCGCCGUCAUCGCGGCCAUGUCCCGUGAAAUCUCUGUUUCUGUCGGUUAGUCAUCUCUGAGUUGUGCAUGCAUUAAUGGCGACACGGCUUUGAGCUGAGCAGGUGUCGUCAUUUAACUAUAUUUCACCCCCACGUGGCUCCUUUGUGAUCGGUCGACGAGUUUCCCGAGGAAAAAGAAGGAGGUGAAGAAAAGACCGGGAAGUAGUCUCUAAUGGCGGACGACAGCAUCGCAGAAGGGUUGCUGAAGGAGGAGAAGUUCGGGUACCAUGAGAGCUGCCCUGGCUGUAGGAUCGAGCUCCUCAAGGAGACCAAUCGUGGGGUCCCCUACAAGCUCUUCUUCUACGUCUGGAUCAUCGUCCUCUGCGCAGCUUUACCCAUAUCGUCUCUGUUCCCUUUCCUCUAUUUCAUGAUUAAGGACUUCCGCAUUGCCAAGAGAGAGGAAGAUAUCGGGUUUUAUGCGGGUUAUGUCGGUUCCGCUUUCAUGUUCGGGAGGGCUUUGACUUCUGUUCCCUGGGGAAUGGUAGCUGAUAAGUACGGCCGGAAACCCGUCAUAUUGGUCGGAUUAAUUGCUGUUGUCCUCUUCAACACGCUUUUCGGCUUAAGCACAAAUUUUUGGAUGGCCAUCGCCACGAGAUUUCUCUUGGGAAGUCUGUGUGGUAUUCUGGGCCCAAUGAGGGCAUAUGCUUCAGAAGUCUGCCGAAAGGAAUAUCAAGCUUUGGCUAUGUCAAUUAUCAGCACAUCGUGGGGCAUCGGGUUGGUCAUCGGUCCCGCAGUUGGAGGUUUCCUCGCACAGCCUGCUGAGAAGUUCCCGCAUAUCUUUUCGAAAGAGUCCAUCUUCGGGAGGUUUCCUUAUCUUCUACCGUGUCUCUUGAUAUCAAUUUUUGCGUUAUGUGUACUAGCCGUUGCCUGUUGGCUUCCGGAAACAAUUCACAAUCACGGUGAAAACAGUGAAGAAGUUUAUAAAUCAUAUGAGACACUAGAGGAAAGCAGGAAUGAAUCUAAUGCGACUGAAGAAUCAGAAAAGCCGGCGAAACAAAGUCUUCUCAGAAAUUGGCCAUUAAUGUCAUCUAUCAUCGUCUACUGUGUAUUCCAGCUUCAUGACAUGGCAUAUGCAGAGAUAUUCUCACUGUGGGCUAUAAGUCCUCGUAAAUUUGGGGGACUGAGUUAUACAACUGCGGACGUUGGUGAGGUUCUCGCAGUUUCAGGUCUCGGCCUUCUAUUAUUUCAGCUGUUUAUGUACCCCCCAGUGGAGAGGACUUUUGGGUCAGUUACGAUUUCCCGCGUUGGCGCAGUAUUGAGCAUUUUGCUGCUGACAAGUUAUCCUUUUAUAGCUAAGCUGACUGGUAUCGGCCUUGCUCUCUUGAUUAACUUUGCAUCAAUUUCAAAGAAUGUACUCUCUGUGUCCAUUACUACAGGACUGUUCCUUCUCCAAAACCGAGCUGUGACCCAAGAGCGGCGAGGAGCCGCUAAUGGCAUUUCUUUGGCUGCCAUGUCCCUGUUCAAAGCUGUUGGCCCAGCUACUGGAGGUUCACUAAUGAAGUCUGAUAGAAUGCGAGACGUUACUGUUAUGAGCGCUUUUUUUCUGCAUCACUUUAUUGCAGAUUUUCUUGGGCAGAGAAGCGCCGGCAUGCCUCAUUUUUGCCAGGUGGUCACAUGGUUUUCUUUGUACUAAACCUGAUUGAGCUGCUCGGACUGCUGCUCACCUUCAAACCUUUUCUUGCUCUGCCCAACGAUAAUUGACAGCUACGCCGGAAAAGCUUGCUGUUGAAAUGAAGAAUGACAUCGCAUAUGGGAUUUCAUGUUUUGACCGUCUAACCUCUUGACGGGAAAUAAGAUAAAGAACGACCCGUGUUAGGACUGAGUUCAUCUCCCGCUUGUUCCCCUUACAGUAGCACGGGGCAAACUCAGUUUAAGAUGGAUGUGUUCUUCAUUUGUAUGUAGAAAAAACUGUAACUGCUUGGUAACUUCACUCAACGUAAUCAUUCUUUCGUUGCAAGAGCA